UCUGUUCACCGCCACGGAGGCGUCGGUUUUGUGGACGGGGAGAGGUUCCGGGCAACUCUUGGAACCCACCAGUCUCAGUCGUUUGCGACAGAGCGGGAAUCCUGGGCGUGUGCAUGAAUGGAAUCUGGAAUCGAAUGAUCCAAGCUCUAAAGACUUUUCUUCCGGGACAUUGCUCCCGAUGAAUAUCCAUCGACGCGACGAUGACACCGUGCGCAUAUUGACCCAGUUCUUUGUUUUCUUUUUCAUCGCGGAGAAGCAGUCCAUAGAGACCCAGACGGUCCCAGGGCUCUGGAUGACGUCGGAAGAGUGAAACGGAAGCUGUGGAUCGCGGCAUCGCGCAUCAUGGCAAGUGGCGGGGGUUCGGAUCCAUCGCUUGAUUGUCAAUCUCCGACUUCCAAGCUGGACGAGCAAGGGAGAGAGAGAGACUCUGGAAGUAGUUCCGGAGUGGACACCGGGGACGCGAAGCUUGAGCUACCGGUGGGGGGCUCACCGACAAAAAUUGACGGCAACGAAGGCUAUGACUGUGAGUCAAGGGAAGAAAGAAAUUUGGGCGAUGGUGAUCGGUCCCUUCACCCUCUUCGAUCAUCGAUCGUAUUGCUAGUCCGUAAUGUCGGGCGCCUCAAUGAACCAGGAGCCCUUCACUCGCGAGGUCAAAUGAGACCGGGGAUCCUCACCGGGAUGCUAAAGUCGAAGAGAGCAGUCUUGGAUCUACUCCGUAAACCGAUAGAUAAUUCAGGGAGCAGGGGUGUUCUGAAGUUCAGAUGCCCCGCUGGGGUCAGCCCUGUCGGGAAUCCGUCCCAGGAGUGGCUGAACGAGAUAUUGCUUUUCAUCAUCAGCCGUGGACCUUGUUGGAAAUUGGAUGAUUUUCGACAAAAGAGACCAAGGAAUGGUAAUUGUCGGAUGACCGGACUGACUGAGCUGUCUGCGAAGACUUGGGCUAUGGGUGUCUCAAGAGGCCGAGUGAAUUGAUUAACUAAAGGCCAUGCAAAGACAAUUCGAAGCCUGGCGCAACUGCCGAUAACGAUAA